GAGAGCCUGCAAGCAGGCGGGGUUUGGCCUCAGGGCAGCCUGGUGCGUCUAGGCUCUUCUGGCGGACAGGGGUGGGGGACAGGAGCGGCACCUCCCAGCCAGUCGCACAGCCUACCGCCCUGCGCAGAGGCUGCAGGAGCGGAGCCGAGCGGCAGGGAGGGCUCUUCAGGCCUUGAGCGCGCGCUGUGUGGUGCUCGAGUCUGGCCUUAGGUCCUGGUGGGGGAAGGAGAAGAGCAAGGGCGCUGAGGUGAGCAGAGCUCGGAGACCCAGCCAGGGCUCAAGUGCAGGCUCGCAUUCUUCUCUUAGGCAGGGGAAGAAUUCCCUUAACCACAUUCACAACCUUGCCUCGGGCACCUUAGCUGGGGCUGCCAGGAGGCCGCGGUGGCCGGGCAGCUGUUGCACCAAGAGGGGGCAGCUGCGGAGUUCCAUAACCAUAGCAACCGCAUCAGUACCAAGGCGGCAUUGGCAGCGGCGGCAGUGGCGGCGGCGGCGGCGGCGGCGGGCGGUGAGGGCAGCAUCCGCUUGCUCCUCCUCCAGGCAGCCUCACAGUGGAGACCUGAGACAGCUCGCAGGUGCCACGGACUCCUUGGUCCGCCCACAGUCGCUGCCAGUGUUGGCUGCUGGAGAAGGUGAGAAGAAGAGAGUGGGACCAGAGCUGGAACUGGGCCCUUAGGAGGUGAGAGAGAGCCCUGCAGUGGGAGACAGGUAAUGAACCAAAAAGAUCAUGUCUGAAGUACAAGGAACAGUUGAGUUUUCUGUAGAGCUACACAAAUUCUAUAAUGUGGAUCUCUUUCAGAGAGGGUAUUACCAGAUCCGAGUGACUUUGAAAGUGUCCUCAAGGAUCCCCCACAGGCUGAGUGCUUCCAUCGUUGGGCAGUCAGAGAGCAGCAGCCUGCAUUCAGCCUGUGUCCAUGAGAGUGCUGUGCAUAGUCGAAUCUUCCAGAUCUUAUACAGGAAUGAAGAAGUUCCCAUAAAUGAUGCCAUGCUCUUCCGGACUCAUUUGCUCUUAGAUGGUGAGAGGGUAGAAGAUGCACUGAGCGAGGUCGAGUUUCAGCUCAAGGUGGACCUGCACUUUACGGAUAGUGAGCAGCAGCUGAGAGAUGUGACUGGGACACCGAUAAUCAGCAGUCGCACACUUGGCCUGCACUUUCACCCCCAGAGGGGUCUGCACCACCAAGUCCCUGUCAUGUUCGACUACUUCCACCUGUCAGUGAUCUCAGUGACCAUCCACGCUGCCCUGGUGGCUCUGCAGCAACCUUUGAUCAGUUUCACUCGCCCUGGAAGAGGCUCCUGGUUAGGGAAAGGUGGCCCAGACACAGGACCCGAACAGCCUAGUAUUUCUCUGGAAAACUUGGUCUUUGGAGCUGGAUACUGCAAGCCGACUUCCUCAGAGGGAAGCUUCUAUGUCCCCUCAGAGAACUGCAUACAACAUGCACACAAGUGGCAUCGGGACCUCUGUCUUCUGCUCCUCCAUGCCUAUCAGGGCCUCCGACUCUACUUCUUGGUCAUCAUGAGAGACAUUCCUGAGCUGCCCACCAUGGAGUUGGAGGCCCUCGCUGUUGAAGAAACACUCUCUCAGCUGUGCUCAGAGUUACAGAUGCUGAACAACCCAGAGAAGAUAGCUGAACAGAUCAGCAAGGAUCUUGCUUGGCUGGCCUCCCAUAUGAUGGCUCUGUGGACCCAAUUCCUGGAGACAGUGACUCUGCAUUCCGAAGUGACCACUUAUCUCACCCAGGAACACCAUGCUUUGAGGGUCCGAAGGUUUUCUGAAGCUUUCUUUUAUAUGGAGCACCAAAAACUUGCAGUCUUGACCUUUCAGGAAAACCUGAUACAGACCCACAGCCAGCUAUCUCUGGACAUCCGGAACUCGGAGUACCUCACCAGCAUGCCCCCACUGCCCGCAGAGUGCCUGGAUAUUGAUGGUGACUGGAACACCCUGCCUGUUAUCUUUGAGGACAGAUAUGUUGACUGCCCUGUCUCAGAGCAUAAUUUGAGUGUUUAUCCUAAUUUUGAUGUCCCACUGACAAGUCCUGCAAUAAUGGAUAUAAAAGGGAAAGAAAAGAAUAUUAUAAAUCAAAAAUCAUCUUUGAGGAAGAACCUUCCUUUAUCUACUACAGAAGCACCCCAGUUCGGCUCCAGUGAGGAUGUUAUUAGGUGUCCAGAGAUGGAAGAGAAUGUCUCCACACAGAAUCCUGUGGAUGUGUGCUCAGAAUCUCAGGUGUAUUUGACCAUUGGUGAAUUCCAAAGCAAAGCACUCAAGCCUGAAAAUGAAUGCUGGACUGGUCCAAGGCCUGAUGCUGUGAGAGAUUCAGAUGUGGACAUACGUAGGAGGAGUCCAGGCCCUGAGGAUGGGAAGGCCCCAGCACUGACCUACAUUGAUGUGAAAUCUAGCAAUAAGAACCACCCUAGAGCUGAGCCCAUGCAGGGCUUUAAUGUACAGCAUGAGCAAGGGAGCUCUCAGGACUGCUAUGAUCUUGUUAAGACUCUGCCAAGCAAAGCUGUAGCAGGAAUAAGUCAUAAUAAUGCCUCCUCUUUACACCAAAAAGCUGCCAUUGAAUUCAAGACUCUAGGAAGGGGAGCAGACCAGGAAGGAAAGCCCAUGCUCCUGAGCCUGAAGCUCACCCCUGCUGAACCUUGUGACCCAUUGAGCACUGCUCCAGUGGAACCUUGGGACACCACAUCUUCCCUGCAGGACCAUUCAGAAGAGCAGGAAGAUCUAUCAGUGCUCUCUGGCAUCAUCAAGAGGUCAGCCUCCAUCAUAUCUGACUCAGGCAUUGAAAGUGAACCAAGUUCUGUUGCCUGGUCUGAGGCCCGAAGCAGGGCCCUGGAGUUACCUAGUGAUCGUGAAGUUUUACAUCAGGUGAUUCGAAGGCAUGCCCACCAUAGAAACUCUUUAGAGGGUGGUCAUACAGAAAGCAACACUAGUCUGCCCAGUGGCAUCCAGGCUUCUCUUACCUCUAUCAGCUCUUUGCCUUUUGAAGAUGAGGAGCGGGAGUUGGCACUUACUAUGCUAACCAAGUCUGUCUCUGCACCCCAGAUCAGCAGCCCUGAGGAUACCACUGAAGGUGCAGACACCAUGAAGAGCACAGGAGGAUUUGCUGAAGACCUGGACAGUUCUAGCAAGGACACCAGUUCACUUGGACACAGUUCUUAUUCUUAUAGUGGCUCUAGGGUCCAGGAUGUCAGGGCAGGACACUCCCUUGCAGAUAUAGCUUUAGAUUCUGAGAGAGCCCAGGGACCUGGGUACAUAGACAUCCCCAAAGGUAAAGAGAACCAGUCCUUUCCUCAAGGACCCUGCUAUACGGAUGACAUGGCUGAGAACAUACCAAGUGUUGAAACCAAAGGUCUUAACUUAAAAGUACCAUGUACUAUAGUGCUUGAAAAUUCUAGGACCAGAUCUUUCCAUAGAGCCGCAGAUGAGCCCACAAAAGGCAAACAUAAAGGAUCAAGUGGGGGUAAACACAUGGUCCCCAACAACAGCAUCUUAGACACCAGGGCUGUGUCUCACCACAGGGUGCCUGAAAUCAGUAAUGCACCAGCUGUUGAAGCUGUCAACUUGAAUUCUACAGGUGUGCAAAAUGGUUCAUCAAGUGUCAAUGAUACCAUGACAUUGAAUAGAAGACAUACUGCCUCUCUGGAGGUCAAACAUGAAGCAGGCACUGUGUGCCCCACUGUGACUCACACUAUUGCCUCCCAAGUGUCACGAAACCAUGAGCUGAAGACAGGAACUUCCAUCUCUGGGUCCCACUUGAACUCUGCCGAAGCCUUUACUCUGGACAGCUUAAAGGCAGUGGAGGUCGUUAACUUGUCUGUGUCUUGCACUGCCACAUGUCUCCCUUUCUCAUCUGUACCCAAGGAGACCCCUGCUAGGGCUGGACACUCUUCUAAACAAAGCCUAGCCCCCAUUACUCAUCAACCUUUGGGCUCCUUUGGAGUUGUUUCUACCUAUUCUAGCAAGUUGGAAGAAGAAGUCAGUGAAAGAAUGUUCAGUUUUUAUCAGGCCAAAGAAAAGUUUAAAAAAGAACUGAAGAUUGAAGGAUUUCUGUACAGUGACUUAUCUGUACUAGCUUCUGAUAUACCAUAUUUCCCACCAGAGGAAGAGGAGGAAAACUUGGAAGAUGGGAUUCACCUGGUGGUCUGUGUCCAUGGCCUGGAUGGGAACAGUGCAGACCUACGGCUGGUGAAGACUUUCAUAGAACUGGGGCUCCCUGGGGGAAAACUGGACUUCCUAAUGUCUGAAAAGAAUCAGAUGGACACAUUUGCAGAUUUUGACACCAUGACAGAUCGACUGUUGGAUGAGAUCAUUCAACACAUCCAGUUGUACAACCUCUCCAUAUCCCGAAUUAGCUUCAUUGGCCAUUCCCUUGGUAACAUUAUCAUCAGAUCGGUCCUCACAAGGCCUCGGUUCCGGUAUUACCUCAACAAACUCCACACAUUCCUGUCACUCUCUGGGCCUCACUUGGGGACUCUGUAUAACAACAGCACCCUGGUUAGUACAGGCUUGUGGCUCAUGCAGAAACUGAAGAAAUCUGGCUCCCUUUUGCAGCUGACCUUCAGGGAUAAUGCUGAUUUGCGCAAAUGUUUCCUUUAUCAACUUAGCCAAAAAACAGGGCUGCAGUAUUUUAAAAACGUUGUUCUGGUUGCUUCUCCCCAAGAUCGUUACGUGCCAUUUCAUUCAGCCAGGAUUGAAAUGUGUAAAACCGCCCUCAAAGACAGACACACAGGGCCAGUGUAUGCAGAAAUGAUCAACAACCUCCUGGGCCCCCUGGUGGAAGCUAAGGGCUGCACUUUGAUCAGACAUAACGUGUUCCAUGCUCUGCCCAACACUGCCAACACUCUAAUUGGCCGUGCAGCUCAUAUAGCUGUGCUGGACUCGGAACUCUUCCUUGAGAAGUUUUUCUUGGUGGCAGGACUCAACUAUUUCAAGUAGUGGCCUCCAGGGAGCAGCCUGGGUGACUGGCCAGAGCUGUUUAAGAUCAGUUCAGUUCUUAGCUACGUCAUGCUUUUCCAUACCUCUGAAUUCCAGAGUGGAGUAGAAGGAGAUGGAGGGUGUGGAGGGAUGAAGCUGGGGAGGGACUGGACACUAGAGAAUUUUGUAAUCGAGACAUUGGGGAAGCUGAACAAACAGUGUAAAAGACAACAAUGUUUUCUUGAAUUUGUCAAGCUACCUAGAGUCUCAUUCAAGAUGUUUCUAGGGACAAUCUGAGAAAAUAAGAAACAGAACACUUGCCAUUGAUGAGCCCAGCUUUAUAACCAAUCUGGCUCAUGGGAAUUGAUCCAACUUAACUAGAUUUCCCCAGUCUGUUCCUAGGUCAUAGCUUUAUCAUAUGUUGAUUCAAUUAAGUGCACACAAACAUUUCAGAACUCAGGUUAACUUCUGUGUGGAAGUGGGGUAUCUUCCUGUAAAUAGAACCCUUAAUAGAUCCACCAUCCCAUUUGUUAAAAACUUGUUCUAUACAUGCUGUUAUCCUCUCUAUGUUUUCUAAAGGACAAGGGAAAGUGUGACAAGUCCACAUGUUAUUUUCUAGCAGCAGUAGGUAGGGUGACUUAAGGAAGAGGGAGAUAAAAAUGAUCCUGCUGGUAAAUACAGGUUUGGUAUAAACAGAAACAGAUGUAGGGAGCAUAUUGAACCAAUUGUUCCACCUACUUCCUUAAACUUUUUCUAUGCAUAGACUGGUCCACAAAUUGUUUUCGUGAAUGCCUAAAGUCCUGUCUGAAGUAGGGAAGACUGAGAGAGACUCUACCUGGCAGAAGGAGGUAGUGGGAUGAAUGUAUUCAUGUAUGAAACUCCUGCUGAUGCACUUCCAAAGAAAUGCUGUUUUAGCCUUGACAGCAAGAGCAACAUUUCAAAACCAUUAACAUGGCCAGCUGUUUCUCUUCUCCCUGGAAGGAGAAAGACAUCCCAAGGGAGGCAUGCUGGGUAAAGAACCUCAGGGGAGCUCUAAGAAGGGUGCUGUUAUCUUUCAAUAGUGAUGUCUUCUUGCCUUAGGAAAAUAAAGGGCUAGGAAAGACCACAUUUGUAAAAAAUAAUAGAUAGCAGAGGCAAAAGUGAGAUCAGACUGGAGAACAAAAGCCAGAUUGAAGACCCAACUUCAAGUGUUAUUGGUAAGUGACUGAUGCAUAAGUUUUUAAAAUAACCAGGAUAUUUAAAAUUGUCCCCAUCUAAGUGCAUUACGUAGGCUAAAGUCAGAAGGAUGAACAUUUAGCUAUACAGAAGAAAUGCAUGAACCAGGGCAGCAUGGAUGAUCACACUGAAGACAAAGCCUCCGCCGCCCCCCCCCCCUUUUUUUUUGCAGAAGGACUGUGUACGGUAUGGAAAUCUGCCUGCCUUGGGCACCUGAACUGAGUUUCCAGGUCACUGAUCCCAUGGGAAGAAAGCCAUGGGAAUGAAUAAAUUCAGACCAUGGGAAAUGAGUUCAGACCGUUAGUUUGCAGGAGAGUAAACAUGUGGGUGGUCUGGGAGGGGAGCUGAAGGCUUUGCAAAGGUAGAUCUCCUUACAGUGGGUUCAGAACUUCUCUAUGGGUCUUUUCGGAAUUUCUUAAUAACCUAGUUUUAAUGUAUGUAGUUCUCAUUGGGCAUUUUUCUGAGUCAGGGCUUGACAUGGACUCUGUCUGCUCAGUGGCACUGACAUGUUGGCUUCAUUUCUUGGAGAACACUUUUUUCCUAGUCACACAACCCAGGAUCUUCUGACUCAGACAAGUGCUGUUGCUUAAUGCAGCAUGGUUAAUCUGUAGCAAGUUCUCCUUUCUGGAUAUGUGCAGAGCCCUGCCCGUCUGGUCUGAUAUGCUCAUUUUCUGUUUUGUUUCCAAUCCUCAUCAUCAGCAUUUGUCAACCUGGUCAUUUGAAAGACUAUGUAGUACUUAUGGAGCCAGGAUGAGUCUGAUGAUCAUCGUCUUUACCAAUAAUCAGAUGCCAUUUUUAACUUCAAUAUGCUGUCUGGACUAGUGAGAACUAAUGGCAAUAACCGUUCAGCUGCAUGGAACACCUCUUUUAGGUUUCCUGCUGUCUUUGUAAACCCUAACUGGCAUCUGAGAAUCCACCAUCAUCAUGUAGAAAGUGUACUCAUGUAUUGUAAAUAAGAAUGUCAAGUAUUAAGUGUCAUGCCUCAUUUGAAAAGGCUUUUUUAUGUCUCUUUCUAUUAAAGUAUAUAUAUAUAUAUAAUAUAUAUCAAUAUACAUAAUAUAUAUGUAUAAUGUAAACAUGGAAAUUCUAUUAUUGGUUAUACAAAUGAUAAAAAAAUGCCUGCCAAGGUAACGAGCCAGUAUGUUUCCAUCCUCAGCUGUAGUUUUGGGUUUUGUUUGUAUGAUUUGUAGUUUCCUCAAACUAGUUAGAAAUAAACAUUAUUCACCUUGAGAUUAUUUGGAAUUUGUUGUUCAUGAGCCAAAUAAACUCAAAGGAGGAGAUAGAAACCUAAAGCCAGUCUGGAGUCAAUGACCUCAGUGGCAGGCUGAAAUCAGGUGUAGUGCUGAGAACAUGGGAAAGGAUAGAAGGAAAAACACAUCCUAUAAAUUUCUACAAUUCCAUGAGUUUCUGAGCCUCCGUCUGUGCCAGACAGGACCCCACAGACAUGUGAAGUAGAGAAUUCAAGAAAGACCCACCUGCUAUGAUCUUAUCAAGGAAGAGCUGGGCUGGAGCUGUGGCCAGAGCAGGGUGUUGUAGAAUUCUGAUUGGCAUUAUCUGUGGAAGAACAAGCAGACAGCCUUGAAAGUGAAACUAUAAGGAGGAGCCCAUUCUUCCACACACCCAGCUAUCAUUGCUUUCUUUCACGAAGUCAUUGCUCCACUAAAUACACCUGUAUGAGGGCCUCUCUGUGCUAAGAGGCAUUGGUAACUCUAGCAGCUCAUGACUUAACAAAAUCAAGUCGUAACUAAAAUUGAUGGGCCUCACAGAUGCUGUAGGGAUAUUAUGAGAGCCCAGAGGCAAUACUCCAGCCUACACCAGAAAGGUUAGACUCUCAGGAAUUCCUCCCUGGGGACACUUUAUGUUGAGGGAUUGAUAUGAAGGCUGAACUAGGAGUUAGUCUGGUGAAGGUUUGUUUGAAGUAAUCUCUACCAAAGGGAACUGAAUAAGAAAAAAAAAGUAAGGGAUGGGGAGAGAUAUGUGUAAAGGAGAGCAGGAGAGGAGAUAAUGGUACAUUAAAGGGCAUAUGAGGAAUAUUUAAGGUGUGAGGAGGUGUGAGAAUUCUACAUUCACAUCACAUUUUUUGUCUCAUGUCAGAAAGAAAUUGCCACUGUGAUGUCUGAUGGGAAGGGGCUCUAUUUGGUAGUGAGAUGCCCAGGUGGCAAUCCUGCCCCAGUAGGUUAUAAUACCCCUCUUCUAUGCUGGUUUUAGGAAUCCUUGACACCUGCCCCCUGUGAGAAGUCCGUGGCCAUGCUCUUCCCACCACUCAUUCCUGAACUGUCCUUUGGACAGUUCAUAGCAGACAUAUCUUCUGCAUUUCUCAUUGAGAAACUCGAGAAGAUGACAUCAGAUAGGGUAAGACAAAACACAGAAUAGCUGCUUGGAAAAGAAAUAGAUUCUUUCUUGAUUAAUUCUUUAAGAAUUUCUCACAUGUAUACAAUGGAAUAUUAAAUAUGACCAUAUACACUUCCUCUUCCCAAUUCUUCCUUCACACUUCUCUCAAAUCAUCUCCCAGCCCUCUCACUCCUCACCUCAUGUCUUUUAAAACUAACUGAAAGUACAGUUAGUAAUACUGCCUAUAUGUGCCUGGAUGGGUGGCCAUUCACUGGAGCAUGGGACACCUAUGAGUAGCCGCUCCUUCAAAGGAGAAGAUUUUUCCCUUUCCCGCAGAAGCUAUCAACUGCCAGUAGCUCUUUGGUAGAGUGAGGCCCAUAGAUUGGCUUCCCUAUCCAUGUAGGAGUUUUGUCUGCCUUUAUCUUGUGUAGGUCUUGUGGAAAUGACCACAGCAUUUCACAGUAUUCUUUCCUAUCCCCCAACUCUUUUAUUCUUAUUUCUCUGCUCUUCUGCAACACCCCUUGAGCCUGGUCAGGGUGGAGUACUGGUAUAAACGUCCCAUUUUGGUUUAGCACUCAGUCUCUUCUUCUCAGCACUUUGACCAGUUAUACAUCUCUGUAAUGACUGCUGUCUACUAUAAAAAGAAGCUCCCUGACUAGAGUUGAGAGCAGCCUCUGUCUAUGGGCAUAAACAUAAAUUUAGCAAAAUAAAAAUUGUAGAUUCUAUCCUAGCACUUAUGACCUCUCAUGCCAGGGGCUUUUGACCAGCAUUGCAGUACUAGGCACUGUGAAGAAGACCUAAAAUCCAGUCAGAAAGCUGUUAGUCAUUCAGUAUUGUAUAUAUUACAUACACAUGAUAUUGGGGGUGAGGUCAGGUAUUUGUUUCUUCUGGAGUUGAGGUGUGAACAUUGAGCCUUCAUUCUAUUUCACUUUUUUUUUUCUUUUUGGCUAUGGUUCUUUUAAUCCAGAGUAAUUACUUAAUUGGAAAUUAAAAAAAUCAAAACCUGAUUACUCCCAAGUCAUACAUAACCUUGUGAGAUUCCAGUAUCCCGUGCAAAACACCUACCUAACCAAUAAGUUAGAUAACAGGAAAAUAUUUUCCUCAACAAAGGUGGUGUCACAGACCAUUGUCAGUGAAAGCAGCUGGGGGAUAGGUGAAGUGUUCCAUUAUUAGCAGAUCAUCAGAUCAUCGGCAUUGCUCCAUCUCUCUGUCCUGUCUCCAGGUUGUCUUUUCUCCUUCUAGGUACAAUAUAGUUCUUCAAACUCUGAUGUCUAUAUUUUCUACUAUUCUCAUCCAAGGCUAGCAGACAUGUAUUCAUCCACAAAUCAAGUCCCUUUAGGAAAGGGCUUGAUCUACCACUCAGCUGCCAUGGAGAAGAUAUUCCUCUAAAGAAUAAAUCCAAGUCAUCAUAUCUUGCCAUUACCUUUGCAUUUUUAAGGUCCUACACAUUCAUCAAGUCUGGAGAUUCCCAUCACGUUCAUAAUCGUAAUUCUUCCAUAUGUACAGAUCAUUCCUUGAGCCAAGCAUUGUGUGUAAUCUAUUUGUGAAAACUUGAGACUCAACCCCUUGCUUGCCACAGAAUGGGGAUGGGAUGGGAUGUGUGUGUGUGUGUGUGUGUGUGUGUGUGUGUGUGGUUUUGAAAGCCCAUUUUUUGUACAGUUAUCUCAGUCACAGCAAGUAAAAUUGAUGCAAGGAAAACUCAGCACUCUUGUAUGUCGAUACCACAUGUUUCUGAAUUAACGAGCAAUAGCAUCAUGAGAUAAUAACUGACAAUAGAUUUUCAUGUCAUGAGAAGAGCCUACCUUCUCACUUAGGAAACAGGUUUUGAAAAUGAUUAUUUAAAAGCAGUUCAGAUAUGGAAGAGACAGGAGAAAGCUGGAACAGAGAAUUUGCUAGAUUAGGAAUUUGGAAAUCUGGGGGAAACUUGGAAAUGCUUUGUAACAAAAAGGUUACUGGGGCAAUUUUGUAGGAAUAAAUUAAGAAACAUUCUAUGUGACUUAAAAGUGAUUUAUAUGAUGCCUUGAGGGACAGUUUUUGUCUGAAACUUUAGGUUUAGGCUUUUAUUGGUUGAAAUACUGACUCCCAAGUGUUUUUACUCUGCCUAUUUGGAAGUUAAUUCAGUGUGUGAUUGAUUAGAUUAUCAUUUUUCUACUCAGGGCACAUCACCAGCCAUUAUUAAGAAUUGAGAAAAGUUUGUAACUUUGACACACAUAUAGGAAAAGAAUUACAUUUAAUGGUGUUUGGAAGCUGAAAUCUGUAAAUGUCACUUUUAUUUAUUUAUACUACCCCCAACUACAGAGAUAUUUUUAAUAUCUUUUCACUGAAGGCUAAAUUAUUGCACAUGAAAAAAUUAUUUUUUUCAUCUUUCAUAUCCCAAGGAAAUUUAAUAAUAAGAUGCAUCUAACAUUGUAUGCUUAUAUGUUUAUGUGUAUACACAUGCACAUAUGCAAAGGAAAAUAUUUGCAUUAUUUUGCAUCAAAAAACAUAGCUCAUGUAGUCACAAUCAUUUUCUAUAUUUUGCUAAAAAGUCUAUGACUUUGCUUUUCCCCAUUUUUCCCCAUAAUUCACUCUUGAAUAUAUUUCUUCUAUAAACAUCAUUUAUUUGGUAUUUCCUUGGCUCCAUGCUAAAUCUAGGUGGUUAUAGAAAGUAUUGGGUUAGAAUUUAAUCUGGUAGAAGGAAAAGAUGGCUCCUUAAGUAGCCCGGGAUAGAAUGAACUAGGAGUGUGGGGGAAAACAAUAAGAAUAUGAUCCUGUGACUCUAACAUUGAACCAUACUCCUGAUAUUGGGCUUUUAGUGCCCUUUGUGGGUCCAGAUACAGACGACUGAUCCCCAGGACAUGUCAAAGUGAUGUCAACUCUACCUCUCAGGUAGGAUCACAAUGUUUCUUUCAGCACAGUCACCAUUCCUUCAUCAGUGCCAAGGUAGGAGGUUAUGAGAGAUGAAUGGUGUCAAAAUAGUAUCACAAUCUAGCCUGCCAAGGAGCUCUUUCUGUCCAAUGGCAUACCACCUGGCUGUAAUGCAUAGUCUUUGGAUUUUCUAAAGACUCUAAGGAACGCUUCUACUUUUUUUUUCCCAUUUAGCAGAUAAACUAUAGCUGUGCAAGCAAAUAAAAGGUACAUAAUGGCUUCCACAAGCAUGGCAUGCUUAAGCAAGGAACUGCCUUGGAGCACUGUCCAUUGAUAGCAUAGGAUAAGGCUAUCAGAUUACUUAUUUUAACUUUUAUUUAUUUUUGCAAAUAUUACAUACUUUUAGAUGAUGAAGAAAGGUAAGGUAUUUUGUCAUGGUCUCAAAGAAAGGACUUGUAUGUAUAACCUGAUGCCACUGUGAUUUCUAAUUCAUAUUUGCUCUGCUAAAAAAAAUAUAUAUAUACAAUAAUCAGUUUCCUAAACAUCCUUGUGAAUUGUCUGUGACACAAAAUCCUUAGUCAUAACAAAGUCAUUUGUGCCAGUAAGUUCCACUAUUUUUCUACAUUUGCUUCCAGGUUGGCAUUUUGUGUAACAUGUGAUGUGUAUAAAUGAUAAACAAAAUAACAAUAAUAAAAACCCUUUGAUUCUUUUACCAGAA